AUGUACGGCUUGUCUCAGCUGAAGGAAUACGUGUCAGAUCUUGUAUAUUCUGUUGGUUUACUUUUAUACCAUUCAGUGCAUAUGAUGUCGGAUCAAGUGCACUCGCUGUUCCUUCUCCGUAGCAGGCAGCAAGAUGAAAUAACAACUAACAGUGCAAACGAAAUUGGACCGGUUUCCAAUGUUCAAGACAAGGCUAAUUCAGCUGUUCAAUCUGGUUUGCUGUUGCUUCGCCACAAUCAGCAGCCGACUAAUGAACGCGGAUACGUUACGACCAAACCCAUGUCUCCGUGCACGAAUGGGACUAAUCCAACAAGCCAAACGGCACGGAUUCCCGCUUCCAGUUCACUUGUCAACCAGAUAUUCAAUGAACGGCAACAGAGCCGACAUGAGGAUCCCCUGCUUGUUACAUCGCGCAGCUAA